GACUAUGACCUUAUCUAUUAGCUUUGAAACUAUUAAUAGUGAGCCAAUAUGAACCUCAUCUUUUUCAAGUAUACCAGAUUAUAAGCAGUACCAACUGGAAUUUGAAACCAUGAGCAAACAUGUUUCAAUUACACUUCCUCUUACGUAUAUAUGGUGGGCCUUGUAUUAUCUACUAUGAACUAACAUUUAAGUUUCACUUAAGCAGCUAACAUUUGAUUGCAGGUGGCUGCUUUAUUAGCCAUUCCUUGACAAGGUGGGGUAUGCAUUCUCAAGACAGUACCAUGUGAUCUCUCAUGCAGUGAUGUGCAUGCAUUCCUAUCAUUUUCAACAAUCUUUUAUCUUAGAAAUAGUUUUCCAUAGAAUCUUAUAAUCUAUAAAUACAUUUGCUCCUGCCUUCAAAAAAUAACACAACUCAUUGGCAAUCUUAAGCAUCAAACACUUAAAACCACAUUCUUCUUUGAAACUUGGGGAACUUUUCCUUGCUGUUAUUCUUACAUAUAUACUAAAAAAAAAAUGGGUUUCCGUUUACCUGUUAUUCGAAGGACAUCAUCAUUCUCAGGUAGCCAAGCAGCUUCGAAAUCUGUGGAAGUCCCAAAGGGGCAUCUAGCAGUGUAUGUCGGAGAGAAACAGAAGCGGUUUGUGAUCCCCGUUUCAUACUUGAACCAACCUUCAAUCCAAGACUUGUUGAGCCAAGCUGAGGAAGAGUUUGGAUAUGAUCAUCCUAUGGGAGGUCUAACAAUUCCUUUUCAAAGUACUAGUAUUUCUUCGACACAUAUAAAAAUGGGUUUUCGGUUACCCGGUAUUGUAAGAAAGGCAUCAUUUACUUCAUCUUCAAAAACUAUGGAAAUUCCAAAAGGUUAUCUUGCAGUUUAUGUUGGAGAGAAAAUGAAGCGGUUUGUGAUCCCUAUAUCAUACUUGAACCAGCCUUCAUUUCAAGACUUGCUAAGUCAAGCUGAGGAAGAAUUUGGGUAUGAUCAUCCAAUGGGUGGCCUCACAAUUCCUUGUGAAGAAAAUAUGUUCUUAGAUAUCACUUCUCGCUUGAGUUGAUGCUAGCAUCAUCAAGAUUAGGCUGACUUAGAAAUAGAUUACUUAACACAAUUUUUGUAACAAUUUAUUGCCCUGAGAAAGAUUUUCUCCAUUUUUUGUUAUCCUACUAUUCAUCUCAAUGAGAAAUUUAUGCACAUAAA